AUGGUUACACCAGUAACUGACAGUUGUCAGUCCACAGAGUCUGAUGAAGAGGCACAUUCUCCUAAUACAGACAGUGAAACAGAGAAAUACUGCGUCUUUGACACAUCUUGUACUUCACAAGAUUCGGAUACCGAAAUGGGUGGUCAAGAGGACCAAAAAUUCAUUGUUUUCAGAAAUUCUUUCAGUGAACUGUUCCGAUUCUGCCCAACAUGUGGCUCUUCUGUAGUCAGCCAAUCAGAAUCAACAAGUGGAACAAUGUUAGUAGUAAAAAUGGAGUGCUCAAAAGGGCAUAAUGUAAACUGGCAGUCCCAACCACUUGUUGCUGGUCUAUCUGCCGGAAAUCUUAUAACCGCAGCUGGGAUUCUGUUGUCAGGAGGAACAUUCAGCAAAUUCAGCCACUUUGCUCAAAUCAUAAAAUUGCAAUUCAUCUCGGAAUCAUCAUUUUAUCGAUUGCAAGAUGAAUACAUGUGUCCUGUGGUUAAUGAAACGUGGAAAAGUCACGAGGAAUCUAUACUAGAAAACUUCAAAGACAACCCUUUACACCUACUGGGAGAUGGACGAUGUGACAGCCCUGGAUAUUCCGCUAAAUAUUGUACAUAUGCUCUAGUGGAGCAAUAUACACGGCUUAUUGUUGAUUUUCAGUUGGUGCAGGUCAGCGAAGUUUCUAAUUCUGUUGGAAUGGAACAAGAGGGGUUUCUACGAUCAGUCAAUGAGCUAGUAACUAAAGGAUUAACUGUGCCUCAAAUUGCUACUGAUAGACACCUGCAGAUAACAUCUGUCAUGAAAAAGCAGUUCUCUGAUAUAGAUCAUCAGUAUGAUGUUUGGCACGUUUCAAAAAGUGUUAUCAAAUAG